UCUAGUUGGUGCGGUCCCGAAGAAUUUGGGAAAGUUGACUUUGUUGUUCAAUCUUACUCUUAGCAAUAACAAACUUUCACUCGAUAUUCCAGCAGAAAUUGCCAAACUGUCUAGUCUUCAGCAUCUAGACUUGUCUGGAAACAAUCUUAGUGGACGUAUCCAAAGGAAUCUAGGUGAGUGUGUGAAUCUUCUGAACUUGAACUUGAGCAGAAAUCUUCUCAGGGAGACUAUUCCUUAUGAAUUAGGAAAGUUGCACUUUCUUCAAAAUCUCGAUCUUGGAAAUAAUUUAUUAACAGGAGAGAUACCACCAGGGAUCGGAAACUUGAAAACCUUAGAGACACUAAACCUCUCCCAUAACUUGUUGUUCGGUUCUAUCCCCUCAUCUUUUAACGGGAUGUCAAGUUUAACAUCUGUUGACAUAUCUUACAAUCAUUUGGAGGGCCCUUUGCCCAACACAAAAGCAUUUGAAGAUGCUCCAUUUCAAGCAUAUCAAAAUAAUGACAAAUUGUGUGGCAAUAAAACUAGCUUGAUGCCAUGCUCAAUAAAUCGGAGCGAUGGAGGUAAAGGAAGAAAUCACAACAAAGUUGUGCUUCAAGUUUUAGUUCCUACGCUGGGCAUUUUAUCUUUUAUUGUUGCUAUGAUUUUCCUGGUUCAUCGCAACAUAAUGAAAGACAAUGAAAUCCAGCCAAAUAGAGCAACUAAGAAAGAUUUGUUUGAGAUAUGGAGCUUUGAUGGAAAAUUGGUGCAUGAAAACAUCAUCCAAGCGACGGAGGAUUUCAAUGACAAGCAUUGCAUUGCAGUAGGUGGAUAUGGCAUUGUUUAUAGAGCUGAGCUGCCAUGUGGUCAAGUUAUAGCUGUAAAAAAGUUUCUUCCUUUGCAUGAUGGCGAGUUGGCUAAUCUGAGAAGUUUUACAAGUGAGAUUCGUGCAUUGACAGAGAUACGACAUCGGCAUAUCAUAAGGCUUUUGGGUUACUGUUCACAUCCACGACACUCAUUUUUGGUUUACGAGUUCUUGGAAGGGGGGAGUUUGGACAAGAAACUAAGCUGUGAGGAAGAAGCACUAAGUUUGGAUUGGGGUAAGAGGAUGAAUGUUAUUAAAGGUUUGGCAAAUGCUUUGUCAUAUAUGCACCAUGGGUGUUCACCCCCGAUCAUUCAUCGAGAUAUAUCAAGCAAGAAUGUUCUUCUAGACUUAGAAGAUGUCGCUCAUCUCUCUGAUUUCGGAACUGCUAGACUCCUAAACCUGCACUCAUCAAAUUGGACUUCCUUUGUAGGCACCUUGGGAUAUGCUGCUCCAGAACUUGCUUACACAAUGGAGGUGAAUGAGAAGUUAGACGUCUAUAGCUUUGGAGUUUUAACACUUGAAGUUAUAAUGGGGAGGCAUCCAGGGGAUCUCAUCUCUUCUCUUUCUUCAUCAACUCUGGAUUCCUUGCCACCGUCUUCUUAUGGUAUUUUCGUGAAGAAUGUAUUGGAUAAAAGGCUCCCACUGCCAAGGAAUCAAGCGGAGGAAGAAGUGGUUCUUGCUGUGAAGCUAGCACUUGCAUGCUUGCGCCCCAACCCGCGGUGCCGACCAACUAUGCACCAAGUUUCUACGGCUCUAUUGACACAGAAGUUAGGCCUGCAGAGCCCGUUCGUCAUGAUCACAUUAGGACAACUACUUGAUGACAAUUGUCCAAAUGCCUAAGUAUUCAUGUCGUCCCCUCAUUGCUUGGGCUUUGCUUCUCCAUUUUUCUACUGUGUGAGGAAUAUGUAAUCUAAGGUUUUGCAUUAUAUUUAUAUUAUAGUUUUUUUUUUCUAGCAAUUGAAACUUUGCGAGUUAAUUUUGAUUACUA